GAUGAAAAAAAAAUGGCGGCGCCCUUGCAAAUGUCAUGUUGUUGAUGUCUGCGGUGCUCUUUUGGGACGUGUAUCGUAAUUUCUCGAAGGAAAGACACAUUUCUAAUCCUUUAUACAAAGUGAGGCAAUAUUUUUGAGAACUAAAACCAUGGUCCAUUUGUCAUCACUAUUACUCAAAAAGUACCAUGGAGGUUAUGUGGUUAUCCGCCUGGCACUUGGUGGCGCCACCAACAGACCGUUUUACCGUAUAGUGGCUGCCUACAAUAAAAGGGCCCGAGAUGGGAAGUACAUCGAGCAGCUGGGAUCGUACGACCCUCUCCCCAACAUCUACAACGAGAAACUCGUCAGCUUCAACUACGACAGAAUCAAGUACUGGAUGGGGUGUGGAGCUCAUCCCACCAAACCUGUGGCCAAACUUUUGGGACUGGCUGGGUUUUUCCCGCUGCAUCCGAUGACGAUAACGCAGGCAGAACGACGGAAAGCGGCAGCUUUGAAACAGGAAGCGACAACUGAGCAUGAAGACGAAGAAGAAAAGCAGGCAGAACAGUAGCAUUUACUCUUACUGCCGAAAACAACACACUUUAUUCUCGAUCAUUGUAAAAGAACUCUGUUUUCAGUUACAUGAUAUAAUGAGAGACUGUGACAGCGGUGACUUGUCCUGACCGUCUCAAGGUUUUUGUUUUUGUUUUUUUACAUUUCUGUUAAACUGACCAGUAAAGUGUAUUUAAUGCUAAUAAAUCUCAUAAAAAUGCAAA